AUGAACAAUUCGGGAGAAAAUCCUCAAGAGGCGAACUUCAGGUCACGAAUAUUUAGGCACUUUGUCGACAUCCAUAGACUUCAGAGCCACUUCAACCACUUGGUCAACAACACCGAGGAGUCGUCUCGGUCGAACGUCGAUUUACAACGUAUACCGUCCCAAUUACGAAACCUAUCUCGCGAGUUGUCAGGAACAGAAAACAGAGAGGCGUAUUUGUUAGAGUCGACAGAUGAGGAAAACCAAAGUUAUGAAGGUGACCCCGAGUUUGUCUAUUAUUCAGAGGGAGACGCCAACCAAUCACGCAACGAUGACAUGAGCAUUGAAGACGAGUUUCAAAUGAGAGAGCGUACGCUUCUCAGGUCUGCCGCUGCUGCUCAAAACACAAGUGCUGCCGCUGCCGCUGCUGCUGCCGCCGCCACUGCUGCCGCCGCCAACUCGGCGGUUGCCAAUGUGGUUGCUCCUUUGCAAACAGGGAUUCCCUUGCGGCGGCAGAACGCCAUUCGGAUCCGUAGCAUUUUGAAUAACGACGAAGAGACCGAGGAGCAGACAGGUAAUCCCUCCAACAACAACAAUAAACUUGUGAAGGAUCUACUUGAGUCUGAGGCACUGCAGUUGCAGAAGGAAAUCGACGCGCUUUUACAGGAUCUCAAACAUGCUGGACGUUUCAAAGACAAGUCGCAGCUUUUUGAUCGCAGCUUUAGCAGUGUGUCUCGUACUUCGUCCACCUUCUUUCCGUGCUUUGCCGAGCUCACUCAGAUCGCCGACGGCGUUGGUGCCGAUGUGGACGGCAUGAUGGACACGGCGUUGCGGAAUAAAUACACUAGACGACCACUGAAAAAGGGCAACCUGCCUUCUUCUUCUUCUUCUUUUUCCCAUCUGUCACUACCACCGCCGCCUCCACCUGUCAACUCAAAACGACGCGCAAGCAAUGCCAUCGAGCAUGAGUCCAAAAAACAAAAAUUGGCAACUUCCAGCAACCCUUCAACAGAUGCGUAUGUGCACGACGCGAGGUGUUUCAACAAUCCUUAUUCUGAACUGGAUAUGGAUGCUAUUGCAACAGGCGGCUCGAAUAUCAAUUUCCGGGCAGGUUCCUCGUACGUUUUACAUAUCGACGGCUUAAAGAGCAAUGCUAGCCAGUGCGAAGACCACGAAAAGUACCUUCUUCAAUUUAGCGAGGUGGGAUCUGAAAUUGCAGGCGAGUUCAAAAUCAUGAUGAAUGGUGGUAAAGUUGACGGGGUCAUCCCAAAACUAUAUCGCUUUGCUGACUUCAUCUGCGGAAUGUCAAAUCCGAGGUAUAUGGCCAAGCACAAGCAACUAAACCGCAAACUCAAUUUUUUGGAAGUGCUUAUGAAGAACUCCAAGCUAGAUCAUCUUGACCCUCGUGUUUGCUUUUUAAGCGUGCCCUUUUCAGGCGGCAACAUUGAUUUCAAGACUAGAGAUAUCCGGUUCCAAGACCAUGAGAAGGGGAAAAACUCGCUGUCGAGAGUCAAUACAAGUAGAGUCAAUCUUCAGUUACUGGAGUGGAUGAAGAUCAAUCCGUUUUUCCAGUUUAAAAAGGUAUUCUUUUGCCAUUUUUUGGCAAGCUUGAAUGAGGACUUGAAAGGUUUUUCAAAUACCCAGGUUAAGAGAGCGCGCAAAAGCGAAGCCUUGCAUUUGACGCGGGAGUUCAAAGCCAAUCUUCUCGAGUUGACAAAGGACUUUGAUUUCGGCCAGGACUCCAAAAUUUUUCAAACUACGGGAAUCUCGGGCCGUUUCGGCAGCAAACACUCAGAGUUGUUCCUUGAUGAUUGGGAACGCAACUUGUCGCACAAGUUGGUGCAAUCGUUAACAAGGGAAGACCAUUCCACGAUAUUCAACAUUCAACUAAACUAUUCCCUUUUCACCCUAGAGGUGGACGUAUCUGCGUUUGCUGACUCGUUUAUCCGUUUCAUUCUUACCCAUACCAGUCAAGAAUCUCGAAUCAUGUUUGAAAGAGAAAUUGAGCUGCUAUCGCGAGAUGAAUCAGACGACGAAGAAAAAGUGAGGGCCACUUUGAUUUGUUCCAUCACCAAAAACUCGGGCAAGUUGGAGAUCCACAACACUUUUCCCGCCAUCUACGGGAAACACGCUCUUUCGAUGCGCUCUCGCAGUGCUAGAAUGGACGAGUGCCCUUUUAAGACCAGGAAAACACAGGGUAAAAUGACAGGCAGAGUCACGAGGCAGUGGCCCGUAUGUGAAUCAAUUUAG